AUGGUGUCUGUUGUGUGCACUCUGGAUCAUCACGCGAACGAGGUGAGCGGCUGUGCCUUCUCUGCCUCGCUCCUGGCCUCCUGCUCCGGGGAUAAGACGCUGCGUGUUUACAGCGCCGUGGACUUCUCGGAGCGGCCCUACUCGCCUCUGUGUGGACACGAGUACGGGGUACACUGCUGCUGCUUCACCUCCUGCGGCUCCUACCUGCUCAGCUGCUCCACAGAUGGCGCUAUUGCGGUGUGGAGCACGGACACAGGUGCGCGCGUGUCUGCGCUGGAGCACCCGUCCCGCAGCCCGCUCCGCGCAUGCGCCGUGGCUCCAGACUCGUCGCUCGUGCUCGGAGGCGCGUGCGACGGAACCGCGGCACUCUGGGAUUUCUCCAGCGGGACUCUGAGACGGUUUCUUGCUGUGAGUGAGGCCAGUGUGGCGGCAUGUUGCUUCUCACCCUGUGCUCAGAUGUUUGUGACGGGGAGCACCCACGGUACCCUCCGGCUGUGGGGAGUGGACGGGAGCAUUCUGUGUGUCCAGAAGGAUGCUCAUGACCUGGGAGUGACCUGCUGCAGUUUUGCACCCCAGUUCACAGUUGACGGCUGCUGUGUGGAGCUUCAACUGGCCUCCUGCGGACAAGACAGCCGGCUGAAAAUAUGGAUUGUGUCUCAGUAUGAGGGAACAGUUCACUCCAUGAAGCUUCUCCACACCCUCACCGGCCAGUCAGCCCCCGUCCUGUCCUGUGCCUUCUCCUCUGAUGGUGCACUCGUUGUGUCUGGAUCUGUGGACAAAACUGUUGCCAUAUAUGAUACAACCCUCGGUACUCUUCUGCAUUCCCUGAAACAGCACGACAGAUACGUUACCGCUGUGGCUAUGUCUCCCACUAAGCCCUGGCUCGCGACGGGCUCCAUGGACCGGACAGUCAAAGUCUGGAGGAUAGGAGAUGGGGAGGACACAACUGCAACUGAAUCUAAACCAGCCGUGUGUGAAGACAGGAAGCUACCCUCUCGUUCCACGCUAACGCUGCUCUCUGAUUGGUCGGAGGAGGACGUGCAGACCUGGCUGCGUGAGGAGGGACUGGAGGAGCUCGUCGGAAUCUUCAAAUCCAACAACAUUGACGGAUCCAAGCUCAGCCGCCUGAACAGGGAGACCGCAGCGGAGAUGGGCAUCGAGUCUGUAGGUCUGCGUGGUCGCCUCCUGAGAAAAGUGGAGUCCCUUAAGGCAGCACAGAGCGGCUCUGACGGUCCAGACGAGUUCCUCUGUCCCAUCACUAGAGAGCUGAUGAGGGACCCAGUAAUCGCUGCAGAUGGAUAUUCCUAUGAACGGGAGGCUAUCGAGAGCUGGAUUAGAGGGAAGACCAAGACGAGCCCCAUGACCAACCUGCCCCUCCAGACCACCCUGCUCAUCCCCAACAGGUCGCUCAAGAUGGCCAUAGCCCGCUGGAAGUCCAGUCAAUAGCUG